UGUUGGCAUUAGUGGUUAACGUUAAAUGUGGCACAUAAACAUCUGAAAUGAAUUCAUUUUUGCUCGUCUCGUUGGUCGAGUUGGAUAGGCGCUGGAUUUAUAAACCAGAGGUUGCUAGUCAGUUGCUGCAUGUUCGCCUGAUUAAUCGACCAAGCCGCAUAUUUUAGGUCGAUCCACAAAGCGACAUUGUCUCAUAAAUUAAUUUGAACGGAAAUUGUGACUUAGGACGUUAAAUUUUAAAAUUCAAAAUUUCGUAUCCGUAUCGUACGGCUUUCUUAUUACACACGGCUCUGCUUUAUUCUGAUUCCAUUAGUGGUAACACUGUCUAUAAUAUCUAUUGUUCAGUUUACACAAUACCACAUGUCAUGUCAUAACAAUACGUGUAGCCAUAAUAGAUAGCGCAAGAUUCUUCUCCAGCCGAAAUUAUAGAAAAUUAUUGAUUCCGCGGUUGUACGAUCUGGUGGAGAAUGGAGGAAUCCAUCGACUUACGUGAGAUUGAGCUUGUUGACGGGCAAAUUAUGAAUAUGGAAGAUACGGACGGAAAUUUGGAAUCAAUGGAGAAUUGUGUAUUCAUUUUGUAUGACGAAACGGAUCAAGGUGCCGAACUUGAUGCCGACGCGGUCAUUGAACAACCAGAUGAAAAUAAAAAACCAAAGAAGCGUCGAGCAAACCUGACCGUGUUCAAUGAAUCCCAAUCAACAAAACGGAAAAACGAAACGGCAAAGCGGGAAUUGACAAGCAUUGUAAAACAGCUUGAAAAAAUUGACAAACAACUCAACAACAAAGACGACAAACGCGCAACGAUCAAUUUUGUGGCAACGUUUAACAGCUUCCAGUCGAACCGUAUCAGUACAUUCAAAUACCCCUCAGAAGCCGAAAUCAAACCAAAGUUCUUGGACUUCGACGGUACCAUGUCUGCCGUCAAAGUUGCUGUUCAAGAGGCAAUGAGUGACUACUUUCCACAAAAACAAGUGGCGGCAACCGUCACCGCUCCGCUGGACACUUCAAUCGAUUUUACAACUCCCACAAAGACCAUAUCAGCGUUCACCACCAUCCCAUCUCCGGCCAACGAAAGGAAAUCGUUGCCCACAUCUUCAAAGAAUCUUUGUGGGAGAAAUGCUUGUUCGUUCGAAAAAAAAAUCAGAAAGCCAGUCUGGGUCAAGUGCAGCUACGAUGGAGGUGACGGAAAAACGUGCAGUUAUUGGGUACAUGCGGCCUGCAUUGGAUUUCCAGCUCUAAAAGAGGCCGACGCGAAAUCAUUUGGUGCAUGGCAUUGUCCGGAUCACACUGAAUCAUAUUUUAAACGCAAGUAAUUUAUUGGGUACGAAUGAUUGAAAUAAACAGUUUCGAA